AUGGCAGAUGUUAUUGUUGAAUUCAAGGAAAAACUAUCAGAGCUAACGAUAAAUAAUGGAUUGAUUAUCAGCCAGUUGACUCAAUUAGCCAAGCAGCACCCUGAGGUGGCGGACCAAAUAAUCGAUUUACUUACAGCUAGAAUCUACCGAGUCAUUCCUGAACAGAAAUUGUACACUUUAUACGUAUUGGACGAUAUUUGCAAAGUUGUGGGCAACCCUUACAACAUUCUCGUUGGUGAUGACAUUUACGACAUUUUUACCCACAUUUUUCAAUUGAAUAAUGAUUUUGUACGAGGAAAAUUGGUCAAGAUGUAUGACCUUUGGAAGACUGUGCCACUUAAAAGUACAGGCGAGCCCGUAUAUCCUGAAGAGCAGUUGAAUAAAAUCGGCCAGUUUUUGAAGAAAGCCGGAUACCCCAAGGAGGAAACUACAAAGUCGGUAAAUUUGCCGCCUAAACCAACAGUUUCUUUACAACAAUCUCUAAUAAACGACAUCGACAAACUAAUACCUGUAUUUCAAAACCAGCUUCGAACAAAUAGUAUGGACUCAAAGAUAUCUGAUAGAUUUAAAGCUUUGAAUAGCUUAAGAGCAAUGUUGACUAGACAAGAGAUGAAACCAGCCGAGUUGGAAGCAAUAAAGUCACAUAUAGUAAACAUCCAGUCACAAGCAUCUCCAGCAACAACAGCAACUACCCCACGUGCUACAACACCAUUUUCACAAGUGAACCCGGCAUUUAAAAUAUUCAACGAUUUGAUUUUAUCUGGAUUGGUGAAAAAAGAUCAAGAGCCAAUACCAGGGUCAAAGCCGGUGUAUACACUAGUGUUUCCCGAAACGAAGUAUUCUGUUGAUCAGGAACAAGCAGAAGCAAGCUUGGAAGAUUUGUUACUACAGAGCAGCUCGAUUCAAAGGUCAGAGUAUGACAAACAAAAAUUUGUUGAGUUGAUGAGUGUAACUGAGAAGACGUCAGAUGGGAACUUGCAACAUUUUAUCAGUAAUAACAAGCUAUCCACAAGCACAAUAAAUUUACUAUAUGAAGCUAAACCGUCAAAAUGUUCGAUUUGUGGGAAAAGGUUUGCCAAUGAUCACGAGGGAGCAGAAACCAAGCGUCUGCACUUGGAUUGGCAUUUCAGAAUGAAUAAGAAAUUGACAGUAAAGGGAGGAAACAUACAAUCGAGAAACUGGUAUGUUGAUGACUUUGAAUGGGUGAAGUUGAGCGAGAUUGGAGCUUCUGAACAGGUAUCUUCUAGUAGCACUGCAGACCAGAGUGCUGACAUUUCUGCGUCAACCGAAACUCAGUACGCCAUUGUGCCCGAAAACGACACCAAUAUGAACAAUCGAUGCCUAAUCUGUCGUGAACAAGUGAAAGCAAAAUAUAAUGAUGAGAUUGGUGAAUGGGUUUGGUAUGAUUGUUUGAAGCCACCAGGCGAAAAGAACCCAAGAAGAAUUGUACAUGUAGCUUGUUUCAAUGACAAGAAGAGAUUGGCUGAGUCAGAUUUGAAUCCAAAUGUUAAAAGGGAGAGAAUAAAUUAA